AUGUUUGCUUAUUGCGCUUUGUUUCCAGAAGAUUAUAAUAUUGAUAAAGAAGAAUUGAUAGACUACUUGAUAGGCGAAGGUAUUAUAGAUGGAAGUGAGGGUAUAGAGAGGGCUGAGAACAAGGGGUAUGAGAUAAUUGGUGAUCUUGUCCGUGCAUCCUUGUUGAUGGAAGAAGUUGGAACAGAACAAGUGCAUAUGCAUGAUGUUGUUCGCGAAAUGGCCUCGUGGAUUGCAUCUGAACUGGGAAGAGAAAAGGAGGCUUUCAUUGUGCAUGCAGGUGUUGGGUUAAGUGAAAUUCCAAAGGUUAAAAAUUGGAAUGUUGUGAGAAAGAUGUCACUGAUGAAGAAUAAGAUUCGCAAACUCGAUGGCAGUCCUGAAUGUCCCGAACUCACAACUUUGCUCUUGCAAAACAACAUUUUUUUGGAAAAUAUCUCGAGUGAAUUCUUCAAGUCCAUGCCGAAGCUAGUUGUGUUGGAUCUAUCACAAAAUAAACAUCUCACCAGUGUGCCAGAUGGAAUAUCAGAACUAGUUUCCUUGCAAUAUCUCAACUUGUCACGUACUGGUAUACGUCAUCUCCCUAUGGGUUUACAAGAGUUGAAAAAACUCAUUCACUUGGAUCUUUUGAGUACAAGUAAUCUGUCGAGUAUUGCAGGGAUAUCAAAUCUGCAUAAUUUGAUGAUAUGA